AUGGCUGCCGACUCCCUUGAUGUCUGGGUUCUAGCAUUCACCGACCCUGCCGCAACAGACCACCAACCGCAGCGAGAUCGACUCGGUGGGCCAGCAGCUUUUCGAUUGUCUACAGAAAAUAUACGUACAUUAUCUACGAAUACAAUCAAUCAAGCCUCAGAUGUCGAAGGCCUUCUCUAUGUCCCUGACCUAGAUCUGGCCGAUUCUUGUCGCAACGCGUCCGCAGCGUACGUUCCUAACAACGUGACUCGCUUCAACGACCUGCCUCCCAUACAGUAUCAAUAUAUAUCAUUUGCGCCAUGGAUCUCAGCCGCAUGUACCAAGUCCUACCUCAAUGCUGCUUCAGGAUCGCAGCCAAGUGCUUUCCUUUUCUAUAACCCCCUACAGACUACAACGGAUACUCCACCCCCCAUCAGCGAUCAAUUUUGGAAUCUGAAUGAUGGGGGCCAAUGGAAAAAGAGGAGUGAGUUCCCUGUUUACGCGAUUUCUGGACCCAAUGGUGCAGGUAUCAUGAAUGCGCUCUCUCAGUAUUCCGGUCCAAUAUCCAGUAUACCAGGUGUAGGUCCUCAGCUACAACAAUUCAAUCCUAACGACUACGUCCGCCUAUUCGCCAAUUUCAAUCUCGACGCCAGUAGCAACCUCCCCACACUUUGGGCUUUUCUCCUUAUUGUCUUGGCCAUUGUAUUAAUCCUGGUUGGCAUCACUUCCCUUUCCAUGCACAUAGUCCAACGGCGUCACCGGCGCUCUCUCCAGCGCCGCGUUGAAAAUGGUGAGGUGACGCUGGAAAUGCUUGGGAUCAAAAAGCCACGCCUAACGCAAGCCGACAUCAACGCCCUCCCACUAACAACGUACACCGUCGACACAGAAAAGAAACCGCCACAGCCUCUUCCCGCCGAUCCUUCCUCUACUGCGCCCGCGAAUACCACAACAGCUCCUCCCUCAGACCCUCCGAAAUCCCCAACGCCAGCUGCCCCCUCACCUCAGGACUUUUCCCAACCAACGUGCCCUAUCUGCCUCGAUGACUAUAUCCCAUCUACCAGUCAAGUCCGCUCUCUACCGUGUCACCACAUCUUUCACCCCGACUGCAUCGACAAUUUCCUCCUCACGACCCCACACCCUCAAUGCCCGAUGUGCAAAAUGCGUAUAAAAGCCUCAGCACCCAUCACGUUCUCCUCCGCACCUGGGGCAAUACCUUGCCCACCAAUAACGAAUGCGAUGGUGCGGCGAGAGCGCUACGCGAGACGUCUGAGGGAUCGAGGGGAACAUCCCAGCAGUACCGACCCUGGCGGUGUACUGAGGUGGGCGAGUUUCCGCAGGCAGUUCAGACCGCCGCUCGCAGGCGGAGGCGGGGGAAGGAGUCAUGGAGUGCCGGUUGCGGCUACAGGGAUUACCGUCAGAGACAGGAAUAGAGAACGCGGCAGUGCAGCAAGGAUUGGCGGCAGUAAUACAGAAGUCGGGAGCGGAAAUAGCGGGACUGCGGUGGAGAUGCAGAACGUGCCACCUGUGCCUACAGUCGCGGAACGGCCGCGGGAUCUGGAUGGAAGGAGAGAAUGGGCAAGACGGAGGGCUAGCGCUCUUUUGGGACGGAACCAGCCUGGCGUUGUUGCUGCUAAUGGUGUAAGUGAGGAUGUGGAGGAAGCGGGAGAGGGAAGGGAGAGAAGAGGUGUGAUGAGGAGGGGGCUAGGGAGGGUGUUCCCUGGAUUUCGGUAG